UGUAGGCUGGCCAUGGCGUGUCCCCUGGAGCAGGCGCUGGCUGUGAUGGUCACCACCUUCCACAAGUACUCGGGGAAGGAGGGGGACAAGUACAAGCUCAGCAAGGCCGAGCUCAGGGAGCUGCUGAACAAGGAGCUGCCCGUCUUUGGGAGCAAACAGAUGGACGAGGCGGAGUUCAAGCGGCUCGUGAACGACCUGGACCACAACAAGGACAGCGAGGUGGAUUUCAAGGAGUACGUUUGUUUCCUGGCCUGCAUCACCAUGGGCUUCAACGACUUCUUCAAGGACGACCCCAGCAAGCAGCACCGCAGGAAGUGACCCC